AUGACCCCCACGCACCUCUCCGCCCCUCAGCCAGAUCUCCGGUUCUCCACCUGUUCUACAGUAAAGGUAUCCUCCGAUGUUGACGAUAUCGGCCCCAAAAAAGUUAGCUCCGAAGCGGUGCAGGAUCCCCACACCUCCGCACCGACACCUCCUCCAGCCCGCGCCGAAAUGUCUCGGCUUCCCCCAACCACCCGGCCGACGGUGGCCCAGCUCCUGUACCUGCUCGGCUUCCACGGGAUUGGGUCAUUUAUUGUCUCGGGCGGUGUGAACUUUGGUAUUGCAUGCGCAAUGUACCUCCACACCCCCGACAAAAUCACCCUCUUCCACCUCCCCAACACCCUCGCCGGCGACGCAGGCCUCACCCUCAUCAUCCAACCCAUCGUAACGUGGCUCAUCGAAGCCCUCCUCGUCAACCUUGACCUCCGCACCUCCUCAGUAUCGCCCCUCGCCUACCCCCUCUCCCCUUCCUCACCUGUUCGAAAGUUCCUCGGCGUUCCGUCCUCUUCGCCUACCAAUCCCGAGUCUCAAGAACAACCCUCUUCUUCUAAUCGACGUAUGGGGCUCGUGGGCCAAAUCCUCCGCCUCUUCUUCUGCUUCAUCCUUCCUUCUUUCCUAAUCCUCUGGCCCAUGUCCGUGGGGAUCCUCACGGCGGUGGGAGAGAAGCAGGGGAGCGACUAUGUCUUUCAGAAUCAGUGGGCGCCGCAGAUUUUUAAGCUGGUCCUUGGGGCGGUGCAGGGCCUUUUGAUCACGCCUGUUAUGGCUGCUUUUUGGGUCAUGAGGGAAGGGUUGUUGAUGACUGAAGGAGGGCUGGAGGGAUGA